AUGGAUGAUAAUGGUAAGGAGUUCUUUGUCGGUUGGGAGUCAAAGGUUAUUGGUCUACAUGCCGACAAUAUUCCCAGUACUUGGGUGGUGGACGAGAAGCGGGCAGAACUCUAUCAUCAGCACACGGCCUACGAACAUCAUAUGCGUCCCAUAGUGGCGGCCGCCUACGGAACCUUUAGCUGCCAUGAGUUGAACGAUCCGUCGUCCAAAGCGAUACUCAAGGUUUUCAUGCAGAUCCCGUAUGAGGGGCUGGAGUACGCAUCCGCGGCUGAAAGGGCCCGCCUUGCCUCUCAGAACAUUCCUAACUUUGGAGAAUACCAACUUGAGGCCUUCAAUGCCCUUACCGAGAAUGUAUGUAGCUCUGCCCCAAAACUGCUACAUGCGGAGCAAAAUGAACAGGAUCGAACGGGGCCAGUCCCGGGGGGUCUUCUUUACUAUCUCCUCCUCCAACGCCCCCCUGGAGAGUAUUUGAGCAAAAAGGGCUUCUGGGGUAUGGACAAAGAUGGUCGAAACACGGUUCGACACGCCUUCAAGCAAGCGUGGCUGGACUGCGUUAGAGCAGGAUUCAAGCCUGCCAUGUCGGCCACCAAAAAUCUCAUCUGGGAUGCUGACGCCAACAAGAUCUACAUCAUGAACUUUGAGGACGCUGCUCCCUCGAAUCAGAAUACCGUCUGGCGAGAUACUGAAUGGAUUGCCUGGGGUUUAGCAAAGGCGCCACGGGGGUAUAAUUGGGGGCCGGAUAAAACGGUGCACCCGGAUAUGUCACGGUGGACGCUUUGA